CACCAUUAACACAUAUUGUCAAGUGCUUUAAACUCGCCACUCAUAUACCAGCUCUUAUUUGAUAACACAUACGCGUUUUCUGUGUAUAUUUUAACAAGAAAAUGGAUGUACAUGUUAUCGUAAUAAAAUGCUUACUUCUGGCAUCAUUCCCUGUUGUGAAAGGUUACCAGGGCCAUGAGGAGAACAUAUUUACUAGCCCAGGCCUGGUAUGGAUUGAAGACCUUGACGGUGUAAUGGUGUUCAAGCAUAUAUACUUGACGUCGGAGCUUUGGCGAAAAAGAGAAUUACCAGAGCAGCCGGUCAAUAUAGCUCGAACACUGUCGGACACAAACAGAUUUACACACAUCGACGUAGACAUAGGGAAUAAAACAAUGGUGUUAGUCGAUUCCCUAAGCCAAAAAAUAAAGGCGCUAUCGUUUGAUAGAUACGGACUGUCAGUAGGAUGGGAUUUAUACGAAGGCAUUUCCAAGAAAGUGAACGGUAUAGCAGUAGACUGGGUGACGGACGUUGUUUAUUGGACGGAUGCGGCAUAUGACGUCAUUCUUGCCGUGUCUAUGUACUCUCCUAACAUGGCGGUAGUGAUUAUAGAAGGAAAGGAUGUGGUCGAACCUUAUGGCGUCGUUACCCAUCCAAGAAAAGGUUUUCUGUUCUGGACUGACGCUGAUGUAAACAAUCCCAGACUGAUGCGUUCUUCCCUAGGUGGACGUCAAGUUAAAACUUUGGUCAAAUUCUCAAGGUCUGGCAGACGUGCAAUGUCCUUGUUCAUCGAUUAUAACGAAGAAAGGUUAUACUGGAUAUAUGAAGAGACAACUAAGCUACAGGGCGUCAGUUCCUGUGAUAUACAUGGCAAAUAUAUGAAAAUUCUUCAAAUUGCAGUCAAUAGUAAUUACUUUGACAUUGGGCUAUUUGAUAGUCAGUUACUAUAUAUAGAAAACGGAGCGGUUAACAUCUAUCAAAAAGAUAAAUCAAACAGGGGCCCAAAAUCGAAGUCAAGAGGAGUACCACUAACAAUGGUUGUUAUCGAUAAAGGCAGACAGUACGAAAGAACAAAUCCGUGCUUGCAAUCCAACUGCCCGGGUGUCUGCACAAUGAGUAUGUUUCGUGAAGAUUGCUUCUGUAGUGAACUACUGGUGAGCAGAAUAGACCCGGAGGUCAUAAAACAAUUCUGCGAGCCUGUCCGGUCCUUCACCGGGUUUCUGUUUCCAAAGGGUGAUGGGAUUUAUACACUGAAGACAAACUUCAUAGAACACGGUCCAAUGUCUACAUUGUCCAAGGCGGAACCACAGAAAAUUCUACACACCAAGUUUCCAGUGAAAGCAGUUACGUCUGAUAUCAAAUCCAUGAACAUUUUCUUCUACGAAUAUCGAAGUAACAUGAUAAAAUCCUUGUCGACAGUUGAAGACAGUGUUCCAGAAAUUGUCUCCCUUGCCAUUGGAGAAGUCGGAGGUCUUGCAUUCGACAGCAGGCAGAAGCAUUUAUACUGGACAGAUACCUUAUAUGGGCAUAUUAUGGUGGCCCGUGAAGACGGAAUGUUUCCGCAUAUUCUACACAGGAAUCUCGAGCAGCCCAGGGCAAUAGCUAUCUAUCCUCAAAGGAGGGUACCGGUAUUGAUAUGGAGUGAGAUUGGAUCCGGGACGCUGAUGAAGUCAUAUUUAGACGGUUAUUCAAAAAGUGAAAUCUUCAUGGAUAUGAGAUAUAAGAUAUAUGAUAUAGCCAUUGACUUCUCCAACAACACGUUGUAUCUCUGUGACGAAUCUUCCAUUUAUGAAACAGAUCUAGAUGGAUCUUUUUUCAAAACACACUACAGUAAAAAAUCCCGACAUUAUUUUACCGGCUUGACUAUUGCCCAUGACUACCUGGUUGUGACGGACACGUCAUUAAGAAACAGCGGACUGCAUGUGUUUGACAGAAAGGUUAUUGAUAAUGAUAGUCUCAUUACAGAAGUGGGUAAGAGAUUGUACCCGUACUUCCCGUACGGAAACUGGUACGGUGUCCAUUACCAUCACAUCAGUAAUCAACCCGUCGGUUAUGAUAUAUGCAGGAUCAAGCAAGCGAGCUGCGAACAGAUGUGUUUACCAGGGUUUCGCGACUUCAGAUGUGUUUGUGGUGUGGGGUACAAAGCGAAUGGCACUUCCUGUAUAAUCGAUCAGCCAUACAAGCCAUUUAUUCUCCUUACUGAUAUGAGAUUAUCUCAGUUACUACAGAUACACGCAGUGUCCAGACAGUUUGUCGCCGUGCCCGUCCAAGGCAUACACCAGCCCUUUUCUAUUGCCUAUGAUCCAGUCAAGAAGAUGGUUUAUUGGUCUGAUCUGGAAACUGGUACUAUCUCUAGAUCGUUCGUGAAUGGAACCAACCAGGAGGUUAUCAAGUCUGAUCCACACGCAUAUUUCAUUGGACUUUUCAUUGAACCGGGAUCCCGACUGUUACUGUACGUGAUGAGACACAAACCUGAGUACGACCGCUAUCAACUGCCAAUCGGAAGUCUCGCUGCAAUGAAUAUAGACACGAAAAAAACUAUGAUAUUAUUGGAAAGGGUGCUGGACGAUCCGCAUGCUGUGACUGUAAAUGUCAAACAUGGCUACAUAUUUAUGACGGAACAAAAAAAUAUCUGGCGCCUUAAUAUGAAUCGUACUAAGUUCGAUUGUGUGGCAUGCUUCGUUCAGUCUACAGCAAUAACAUCCUCAGAUGACUAUGUAUAUUUUACUAACGAAGUACUAGGGGAGGCUUUCUUCGAGCCCACAAAGACACAGAUUGUACGCUUUGGAAUAGAUGAUGAAAACAUAACAAUGAUGUUUGAACUUCAUGGCGGUUCGGUCUCAGAUUUGAUGGUGGAUAAGUAUUUUAUCUACUGGAUUAACGGAUCAACACGAGCUGUCCAGAGAUCAAGCUUUGAAAAUCCUGGCGUCAUAGAAGACGUUGGUCUGUCAAAGACGUUAUUUCAGCCAUCUGGUUUGUAUGUUAGUCCAGCAGAAGAUCACUAUGAUUCUAUAUGCUCUAAUUCCGGCUGUGGAGGGUUAUGCUUGCCGACGCCGUCAGCAGCAAUUUGUGAGGAGAAAGUAUUUACCGAAAAUGUUGAAGUUCACAAUGAAUCAGGUUUGUGCCGGAUUCCAGACAUCAAACAUGGAGAGGUCCUCGGUACAACAGUCGGCCGGGUGGUACCACGCGGUUAUACAGCUACAGUUGAAUGUUUUCCAGCACACCUGGUAACAGGUUCGGCAACGAUUACGUGCUUGGGCGGUGUAUGGACCGACAUUCCGACAUGCAAUUUAGAGUAUUCCAUUUGCGGGACAUCAAAGAGGGGAUACAAAAUAUAUAAUGAGUCAGGUAGCUUCUUUGCCUAUCCUGAGGCAACAAAGAUAAUUGUAAUAUGUAUUGGUGGAGGUGGUGGCGGAUAUGACGCUACGAAUGACGCCAUAGUGCAUGCAGGAAAGGCGGGCGAUGGCGGAGACAGCAGUUUCGGGUCCUAUCUGAAUGCAUUUGGUGGAAAAGGAGGAACACUGACUAAAGGAGGAGAUGGUGGAUACGGGCACGUCAGUGGUGGACCUGGUUCAGUUGGGCCAAAUUGUACUACAGGAGGCACAGCUUGUCAGACCCAACCGAAUUCAAAUCCCAGCAAACCCGGUUACUCUGACGAGCUGUUCUGUGGAGCAGGAGGUUUCUCGCACGAAUGCACGGGUGAUCUGGCUACGGUUAAUGAAUACGCGGGUCCUGGAGGUAGAGAUGGAAACAGGACUUUCGCUGGAUAUUUUGGGGGCGGCGCGGGAAGCCGCGAGGGCGGAAGUGGAGGAGGAGGGGGUUGGAGCAGACUUCUUGUCCCAAUUCCUGCGAAAGAGCUGGUUACGGUCACCGUAGGACAGUCUGGCUUCCCGUCGUACGGAAAUCCAGCACCAGGGCUUGUGGUGGUCAUGUGGGGCGAUUACCGUAUAGACGAUUACGCGAAAUCUUACGACGUCAUCAAGGAAUGUAUUCUUGGGAAUGAAGAUGAACUUUUGCUAGACUGAACUGCUAAAACUUUGUAAAAUAUGCUGAGAAAAACAUCUCUUUUUUCCUAACAUACUCGCGAACAUUUUUGUCAGUCUAGCAGUUGUGUACAAAUUAUGCGUUAACUUCUUUUCCAUAAUGUUAUGUUAUUGUCUUCAGUACUGUUUGCUCUAUUAGGGCAUUGUUUUUAAUCAUUAAACCUCUCUGCUUUUAGUUAAAUUGGGAUUGUAAGUUUUAUUUAAGUAAUUGAUUUCAUCCUGUAUUGACCCUUUAUGAUGUACGUGUACGCUUGUAUGUGCCUAUCAACCAAGUUUUCAUUUGUGAUAAUUUUUUAAAGUUUUCGUUGAAAAAAGACAGAAUGCCAGGUAUUUGGAAAAAUCAAUCCUUUUAAUUAUUAAGAAGAUUAAAACAAUGUUUUUCAAAUUUCCGUGCUCAAUCCACCCAUAAGAAAGUAUUUGCUCCACUUACAUCAACAAUGGCGUGUUUAACGAGCCCAUGAUUCGCGCCCGAUCGUGUUUCUUAAUGGCACAAUAGGGCAGUUCAACUAGAAAAUAGAUAAUGUAAGGAAAAACAAUCGGUGAUUUCUUUUCAUGAUUUCAGUUUCGUUUGAAUAGUUUGAGUAUUAACACUACUAUUAUAAGGAAGUAUGUAGAGGAAUGUACCGUUGUGAGUACUCUUGAAAUUAUUUUUUACAUAUAUUUCACUUUUGAUACUGAAUCAGUAAAAUAUCAAUACUUGU